AUGAAAUUCUCCAAAAAGACAAAAGUUACUCGUUCUGCAAUUUCAGAUGUAGUUACAAGAGAUUAUACAAUUCAUUUGCACAAAAGGGUUUUUGGAUGCUCAUUUAAGAAGCGUGCUCCAUCUGCAAUUAAGGCUAUUCGCAAGUUUGCAUACCUUCAUAUGGGUACAAAGGACGUUCGUAUUGACCCGCAACUUAAUAAAGAAUUGUUUAAGAAUGGUAUUAAGUCUGUUCCGCACCGUAUGCGUCUUCGGUUAUCAAGAAAACGUAAUGAUGAAGAAAAUGCAAAAGAAAAACUAUAUACUUAUGUUCAAUUCGUAAGUGUUUCUGGUGGUGCUAAAGGUCUUCAAACAACAGUGGUUGAGGAAGCUGUAUAA